UUCCCCUACGCAUCGACAAGCGCAUCUAUCAGCAUUAUUAACUGUUACGCGCCAACGUCAGCAGCAACGGAUGGAGAAAAAGACACGUUUUAUAAGGAGCUGGAGGAGGCUACGAAGAAGGAGCGUUCGUACUACAAGUACGUUGUUGGAGACUUCAACGCAGUCAUCCACGAGGAAAAGCCGGCGACAGCGCGCAUUGGACCACACGGAGUCGGAGAUACGAACGAAAACGGAGACCGUUUGAUGGACUUCCUAGAGCAAUGCAACCUCUUCCACGGAAACAGCCUCUUCAUGAAAAACGUGGGCCGAAGGUGGACAUGGGAGAGCCCUAACGCAGCAGCUCACAGCGAAAUCGACCAUAUUCUCACGAACAGAAAGUGGAGUUUGCUAGACGUCAGUGUGGUAGAUGCAUUCCGCACCGGAAGACAUAGACUCGUCCCGAGGCAGGCUGGUGAAAGAACGGAGCAUUUUCCUGAACAAAAGAAAUAUUUGGAAGUGAAAUAUCCGGAAAAAAUAGUGAGG